CACCAGACAGACCGUUAUGUCGAGUCGGUUCAAGGACGUGACAGAAAGCUGCUGCAGGUGGCCCGAGAUUCCCCAGAUCCGCAAUGCACACACUCGAAAUGGAUAUGGACGGCAAGGCACACGAGUCCGUCGCUAUGCCCGACACAGAGACUCUGUCUGUCAAUGAAGCAGCAGUCGCGACCCUGGACAUCCGUUAUGGUCAUGUAAAACGCGGAUUGAAAGCCCGACACAUCCAAUUUAUCGCGCUGGGUGGUACCAUUGGGACGAGCCUGUUCCUGGGAAUCGGCUCGAGUCUGACGACAGCCGGACCUUUGAGCCUCUUGCUGGGUUUUCUCAUCACAGGUAUUGCCGUGUACGGGAUGCUUGUCACCCUUGGCGAAAUGGCGACCUGGCUUCCGAUCCCGGGUGCCAUUCCCCAAUUCUGCAGUCGUUUUGUUGACGAUGCGCUAGGCUUCGCGGUAGGCUGGAAUAACUGGUACUUCUGUGCGAUUGUUCUCUGCCUAGAGAUCGACGCCGCAGCCAUCGUCAUACAGUACUGGCCUGGCGCAAGGGACAUCACGCCCGCCGCCUGGAUCACAUUGAUCAUCUUCUUCGUCGUGUGCCUCAAUAUCUUUGCAGUAAGCAUCUAUGGCGAAGCCGAAUUUGUGUUUGCAUCGAUCAAACUGAUCACCAUCUUCGGACUACUGAUCAUCUCGCUCGUCAUCGUUCUUGGGGGAGGACCGACUCAUGACAGAUUGGGAUUUCGCUAUUGGAAGAACCCAGGCGCAAUGAAGCCACUUCCACCUGCCACGGGUGACACUGGACGCUUCCUCGGCUUCUUCUCGGUCCUGGUUUACGCUGCUUUCACUUAUGCUGGGGUCGAAAUGGUCGCAGCCGCCGCGGGCGAAGCCGAGAACCCACGAAAGAAUGUUCCCAAGGCUGUCCGCAGGGUUCUGUACCGCAUCCUGUUCUUCUACGUCUUUGGCACUCUGGCCAUUGGUCUCAUCGUGUCCAGCGACGACCCCAACCUCUUGAGCGCCCAAAAGAAUGGUGCUGCUGGUGCUGCGGAGUCUCCCUGGGUCAUUGGGAUCCGGAACGCCGGCAUUUCCGCUCUGCCGUCCGUGAUCAAUGCUGUGAUCCUGACAUCGGCCAUCUCCUCCGCAAACGCUUUUCUCUACACUGGCAGUCGAUACUUGUACGCUCUUGCGCAAAACGGACACGCACCCCGCAUCUUUUUGAGAUGCUCCAAGAGUGGCGUGCCUAUGUACGCCGUUGGAAUGACCGCUGCCACAUCCCUACUGACUUACAUGACGGUGUCAGUGGCUGGUGCCAACGUGUUUCUUUGGUUCGCCAGCCUUAUCACAGUCGCAAGUCUGCUGACCUGGAUGUCCAUCUGCUUUGCAUUCAUUCGUUUCAGGAAGGCACAGAUUGUCCAAGGCGUCGAAACAAUCGAUGUCGGCUUCAUGUCUCGCUUCCAGCCCUACACCGCUUGGGCGACCCUGGCAUACUUUGCAGUCGUCACCUUCUUCAACGGCUUUCAGGUCUUUAUGCACGACGAAUGGAGUGUCAGUAACUUUAUCACUGCUUAUAUCGGACUACCAGCCUUCGCCAUACUCUUUAUAUUCUGGAAGCUGGUGAAAAGGACCAAGCUUCAUCCUUUGAAAGAGAUCGACUUGAUCAGUGGGAAACGGGAGGUCGACGCAAUGGAAGGCCAGUGGCCAGAGAUGGUGCCCAAGAACUUCUUGCAGAAGGUAUGGUUCUGGAUCGCCUGAAUGGACGCCCUUCAGCCUGGCUGCUAGCCUGCUACGUUCAUCGAAAAGCGGCCACCUAGCCACUACAACGGACUUCCUGCAAUCGUUGCUGCGGCAGGUCAUCAUCGCUUGCUAGUGGGUUGAUCUUUGAACUCUCCUUGCUGAAAGAAGAAAAGCACGAACCCAAGGGACGUAUAAAUAACAAGAAAUAUGGCUCCGAGAGCAUUCACCCGCUGAUUUCGCUAACAUCCGGAAGGGAUAAGUUCAGUAUCAGGGGCUGGUCUAUUUAGUACCAUAAGUGAUCUAUACUAGCUUGCGAUAUAUACCUAAUCAGGCAACUAACGGGGUCGUCCGUAAUGAUACACCAAGGAUACUUGCUUUCUUUCUUGAAACUAUAAUAAUACCAAAAUGGUCAAAUGACAAACGGGCACG